UUCUCUGAAGAAAACCUGCCACCUGUAAUCAACACAUAAAUGAGGGGAAGACCAGUGGCUUCUGUGAAUGUUAAGAAUGAUUGUUGUCAUACUGAACUGAAAUGAAUAGGCCUUUGUAAACAUAUCAGAGCCUGUAACCUAAUUGUUGCUCCUCUACGUGCAAUUCACGCACUGUUCAACACAAAGAAACAGUCACUGACUAAAACUCAAUUUGAUACUUCUUGUGAGAAUCUAUAAUUAACCAAGGCAAGGCCUAUUACAGGUCACAAAGCGAGACAAAGCAGCAGCACAUAAAAGCCUCCUAACUGCGCUCUUACUGACCAACAGUGGACAGACCCAGGACCCAAAGUCAGCAAUGAAGAUCCUCUUGUGUUGCCUGCUCCUGCUUCCAUUUGCAGAUAUGGUGGUGGCAGCCUCUAUCAAAGGGCAAUCCUCCAAAGAAGGUGUGUUAAGCUUUCUACAUGAUGCACUAGCAGUUACUACAGAAAGGACCACACCUGCAGCCGUCACAGCACAAAGGACCCCUCUAUGUGGCACUGUGAAUAAGCAAGACUCAGACGAUAUCUCAGAUGCCAAAUCUACAGAGAGCUCUGAAACCAACAGAUGUCCAGAACCUGAUGCGUUUGACAAAAAUGGAGAUGAAAGCAGAGAUGUAUCCAAAGACCUUGACAGCGAUGAGAUCAUGAUUCCUGGAGCUGUGGCAAAAAAUGAAGCUCCAUCAAGGAAGGAGACUGUAGUGGGCAAAGAUAGUAUGGCAGCGAUGGAUAUUACCAGCAGCCUGGUUCAGGACCAUGGGAACAGGGAGCAUAGUUUGAUUGAAGGAGAACUCCAAGCAAGCAGAGACAGUGAGGAAGGAGGGAUAACAAAUGCUCGGGAGGGUGGCGGUCAAAGCACCAAUCUCCAAAGGUGGGCCACACGAGGAAAAGUUAAUGGGAUGAGUGGUAUGUUGGUCCAUGGCCAAAUCAGAGAAGGGCCAAAUUGGGAUAGUUUGGAAGACAGCAGUGACAGCCUGGCUGGAGUGAGCACCAAAAAACAAACGGACUAUGAUGAAACCAGAGAAUAUAUGAGCUCUGAAACCUAUCCAGUUGUCCCACAAGAGCGCAGCAGCUUGCCCACUCCAUCCAAGAACCAUGUCGCUUGAUGAGCACACAGAGAUUGCAUGUCUUCCUUAUGAAUCACGGAUCACUGUCUGUUGACUCAGGAGACUCAACUCAAGACAGUUUGCUUCCACAUCCGGAUGCUGCAGGGACUUUUUCUAUCCAAAAUUAGAUUUUCAUUCUCUCUGAUCCAACAAACAAAUGUAAAAAAUAAAUAUGUUUUGAUUUAA